GCUCCGAACAUCCCUGCCCCAUAAGGACUAGCGCCCCUGCUUACCACACACGAGCGCUGCAAAGACGAGCCCUCGGCGUCGCCGUGCUCGAUGGGAAAACUGUGGGACGUGCUCUCGCGUCGUCGCGGUCGAUGUACACAUCGUGGGUCGCAACGCAUCGCACGGAGUCGCCACUCACCAUACUCAGCCGCCACAGUCUUCUGGUCGAGAGACCCGACGACCUUUGCCUGCACUUCCCCGCCCGUCACUCGUCCGUCGAGGCGUGCCGGAUGCUCCGCCGCCUUCGCCCAGCACGCCCCAACCCCUUCAACUUCGGUUACCCAACUCAAACACGCCACCUCGAUCACCGCUCAGGACCUCCUUCUCCGUGACAUCCCUCCGCGCGCAGGCUGCCCCUUCUACACCCAGGAGCACGCCUCCUGCAUCUCCUCGCAUCUCCUCGCCUCCGCCCACUAGAUCGUCCAAAGCGAACACCUUCCCGCGGGGACCACAACCGAGUGGUGUGGAUGCAAGUCAAGGCACUCAGUCCUCAUCUUCCUCGGGACGUCCUUCGGCUGGGCAG